GCAUGGAACUAAUGCAAAAGAAACGUCGUAAGUUUAAUCCUGAAGUCCUCAUGGGUCAAGUCCAUGACAUGGAUCCAUUGAGGGAACUUGUUAACAAAAUUUAUCAAAAGAAAUUUUUACUUGUGUUGGAUGAUAUAUGGAAUGAAAAUUAUAAAAAUUGGAAUGACUUUAAAAGCCUUUUAAUCGGUGGUGCAAAGGGAAGUAAGAUUCUAAUAACCACGCGAGUCCAAUUGGUUGCAAAGAUUACACGUCCUGUUUCAAUAUAUGAUCUUAAAGGUCUUUCUAAAGACCAUUCUUGGUUUUUAUUUGAGAAAAUAGCAUUUAGAAAUAGGCAAGAGACCAACAACGCUAAACUAGUAGAAAUUGGAACUGAGAUUGUAGACAAAUGUCAAGGAGUACCCCUUGCCAUAGAGUCCAUUGGAAAUGCAUUAUAUUUUGAAAAAAAAGAUGGGUGGUUAAAGAUGAAGGAUAAGGUACAAGAAAAUGUAAUUGAACAGGGAGGUGGUAAUACCCUUUCAAUUCUAAAGUUGAGUUAUGAUCAUCUUCCAUCAUAUAUUAAAGGUUGUUUUGCCUUUUGUUCUUUGUUUCCUAAAUCUUACGAGAUUGAUAGGAUGACAUUGAUUCAACUAUGGAUGGCACAUGGGUUAAUCCAAUUGCCUAAUAAUAUAGAGCAAUUAGAAGAUGUUGCAGAUGAGUGCUUCAAGAAUCUACUUUGCAGGUCAUUUUUUUAUAGAGAGUAUUAUUUGCCACAAGACACAUACAGGAUGCAUGAUUUAUAUCAUCAUCUUGCACUAUCAAUUGCAGGGGCUGACUGUAGACUUGACUAUUUGGAUGAAAAAACUCAUCAUGUAUCAUUUUCUAGUGUCUCAUCUUUUACUAAAAGUUUAAGUUUGGUUAAAGCAAGCAGCCAGGUACGUACAAUUCUUUUCACAAAUAUGUAUAAACUUGGUGCGUCAACAUUGAGUACACUGAUUGAGAGUUUCCCAAGGUUGCGUGCAUUAGAUUUACAUAGAUUGGAGAUUAAAAUAAUUCCAAAUUCCAUAGAGAAGUUAAUACAUUUGAGGUACUUAGAUCUUUCUUUUAAUCCUAUUAAAACUCUUCCUGAUUCUAUUACUACAUUGUUGAAUUUGCAUACACUAAAACUUCAAAAAUGUAGUAAUCUUGAACAAUUGCCUAGGGACAUCACAAAAUUGGUUAGCCUCAGGCACCUUGAUGAUAGGGGUUGUUUUAAGUUGAGAUUGCCUCAAGGAUUACGGAAACUGACUGGUCUUCAGUCAUUACCGUUAUUCAUUGUGAGGAAUAAUGGUGGACUAGGCGAAUUGAAUGGGCUAAACAACCUUAGAGGAACACUUGAGAUCCAAAUUUUAGAACAAUUGGAAGAUGCUAACUCAGAUUGUGAGGUCAAACAUUUAAGGGAGAAGCAACAUCUUGAGAAACUGGAAUUAACAUGGGCUCACCAAGAAAGACAUGAUGAGAUGUUAUUAGAUAGCCUCCAGCCACAUCCAAAUCUCAAAAUUUUGGAAGUGCGGGGUUACACUGGUGUGACAUUUUCAAGUUGGCUUUCUUCCAUCAAAAAUCUUGUUAAAAUCACUUUAAGGAGAUGUGACAGUUGCAACCACCUGCCACCAUUGUCUAAACUCCCAUUUCUAGAAAGCUUAUGGCUUGAUGGAAUGAAAGAUUUGGAAUGCAUAUCAUAUCGUGAUAUAAGUGAGGAAGUUUCUACUUUAUCCUUCUUCCCAUCGUUAAAAUCUCUUUGGAUUUGGGAAUGCCCUAACUUAAAGGGAUGGUGGAGGAGCGCAUCAAUGACAGAUCAUCAACAACAUCAGCAUAACCGGUCACUGCCUUCAUUUCCUUGUCUUUCUUCUUUUUGGAUUGAUAAUUGUCCUAAUAUGACUUCCAUACCCUUGUUUCCUUAUCUCGAAGAAGGCCUAAAUCUAAUUAACGUUAGCUCAAAGCUUUUUCAAGAGAUAAUACUUCCCUCUUCCUCCUCUUCUUCGUCCUCUCAUCUCUCCAAAUUAAAAUAUAUGCGUAUAGGAAAUCUGCCAGAUGGGUUGGUAUCAAAUCUAAUUUCUCUCGAGCGUUUAUACAUUUCCAAUUGCAAGGAGUUAAAUCUAGGAAGUGACGUGGACGGAAUGGAAUGGCGACAUCUCAAUCGCCUCAGUCAUCUGCACAUCUUCGGCCUUCUAAAACUGAAUUCCUUAGCUGUAGGUCUUCAACACGUUACAACCCUGGAAACGCUCUAUAUUGAAAAUUGUGAGAAUCUGAAAACAUUGCCUCGGUGGAUUGGGAAUCUUAUCUCACUUAAACGGUUUACAAUUUACAACUGUCUCAAUCUGAAAUCACUGCCUGAUGAGAUGCGCGAUCUCUCGUCUUUACAAAUACUGAUGAUUUUCAAAUGUCCCGAGUUACAGAGAAGAUGCGAAAAAGAAACCGGUCAGGAUUGGGACAAGAUCGCACAUGUCACUUACGUUAUAUUACGUACAAUGCCUAGAUACUCGUAGGAUUUUGGAUGGAGUACGAAAGGGAGCAUUUGGAGUGUUGUAGGGAUCAUCUCUUUUAUGAUUACUCUUUUACAAGAAGAUUAUGGCAGCAAGUGUUGGAAGAGUACUUGGUUAAUCUGCAGCUUGUCUUUUGAAAUUCCUCUCCAUUUGUUCAGAUGCUAAGGCCCACUUGGUGUUCUUGUUAUUGUUGAAAUUGACUUUAGUGUGAUGUAAAUUUUUUGUAAUCUAAAAAUUGUGUUCUUCAAUGUUUUGGUAGUUUUUAGCAUUUGUUUUAGAGAAAAUUGUUGUAAACUCUUUAUUCAAUAGUGGAAAUUUUUUACCGGACUAGGUCCCGUGGUUUUUCCCUUCUCAUUGGAGGGUUUUCCACGUAAAAAAUCGAUGUCCUA